AUGGAGCGGAUACGCAUCAGCAAGGUGGAGGGUGUAUACCUUCUUCGCAGAGGUACACGCUUUGAUGGCACGCUACAUCUCAUGCCCCAUCACCUUGUCUUCAGCUACCUUCCUAGCCCUCCCGCAGAUGCCCCUCCAAACUCAAAGCCUCCGCGGCAAAAAGAAGUCUGGAUAACAUAUCCAAUGAUAAACUACUGCGUCCUCAAACCGUGUCCCCCAGUCCUUCGCCAGGAGUCCUCGAUCCGCAUCCGAUGCCGUGACUUCACAUUCUUUGCCUUCUUCUUUCCCGACGAAAAGAAGGCACGCGAUGUAUACGAGAGCAUACGUGCCUUGUCGUGCAAGCUCGGAAGGCUGGAUAAGCUCCUGGCUUUCAGCUACCAGCCUAAGCCUCCAGAAGACAAACAGGACGGCUGGAGCAUCUAUGAUGCACGCCGUGAGUGGAGGCGUCUGGGGAUCAGCUCAAAAGAUACGGAGAAGGGCUGGCGCAUAUCAGAAGUCAAUAUUGAAUACAAGUAUUCCGCGACAUAUCCCGCCCUAAUAGUAGUUCCUACCGCUGUGUCUGAUAGUGUUCUCCGAUACGCCGGCGAAUACCGCUCACGGCAACGCAUUCCUGCCCUUGUCUAUCGUCACCCCAUUAACAACUGCUCCAUAACGCGCAGUUCACAACCCACACCUGGGCUCCGCGGAAAUCGAAAUGCUCAGGACGAACGGCUUGUGGCGGCUAUCUGGGCAACCAAUCGUGGGUGGAAGCCGACAACUACCUCUUCUGGCUCGGUGGAGUUCACUCCAGAUACGAGUGUUGUAAACCUAAGUGAAUCUAGUGCUAGUAGUUCCUUUGUUGGUGCAGGAGAUGGGUCAGAAAAUACAGGGAAACCCACUGUCGACGAUCUGACCGCUUCGUCAGAAUCCGAUGCCGAUCUACCCAGAGUGUAUGGAGCCCAACAGCGAAACCUGAUUGUCGAUGCCAGGCCGACGGUGAACGCAUAUGCGAUGCAGGCUGUUGGACUAGGCUCGGAGAAGAUGGACCACUACCCUGGUGCGGAGAAGGCUUAUCUUGGGAUUGAUAAUAUCCACGUUAUGCGCAAGUCUUUGGAUAUGGUGGUGGAAGCUCUGAAGGAAUCGGAUCUAGUUCCGUUUCCCCCAAACAGACAGCUACUAGCCAAGAGCAACUGGAUCAAGCACAUAGCCAAUAUCUUGGAUGGUACUGCAUUAAUUGCUCGUACAGUAGGAAUCAUGCAUUCGCACGUCCUGAUUCACUGCUCAGACGGAUGGGAUCGUACGAGCCAGCUGAGUGCACUCAGUCAGAUACUGCUAGACCCAUACUACAGGACACUGGAAGGCUUCAUCGUUCUUGUGGAAAAGGACUGGUUAUCUUUUGGACACAUGUUUCGGCAUCGGUCGGGAUUUUUGAGCCAUGAGAAAUGGUUCACCAUCGAAAACGAGAAAAUCGAACGAAAGUACGAUGGUCCAGGGGCUGGUAAUGCCUUUGAGAAUGCCCUUCGGGGUGCGCGAGGUCUCUUCAACCGCCAUAAUGAGUCCAACGAAUCGCUCAAUCAGCUCCCAGAGACUAACCUUCCAGACACUGUUCCAGACAUCCCCGAUGCUCCUCCAUUAAAGCCCGUACCAACUGGCGCGGCAGAAGAGCAUCGAGUUACCAAGGUCAACGAGCUAUCGCCUGUCUUCCACCAAUUUCUCGACUGUGUUUACCAACUACACUAUCAGCAUCCCACACGGUUUGAGUUCAACGAGCGCUUUCUGAGGCGCUUGCUGUACCAUUUGUACUCCUGCCAGUAUGGCACCUUUCUUUUCGAUAAUGAGAAAGAGCGUGUCGAGACGAGGGCCAAAGAGCGAACAAGAAGUGUAUGGGAUUAUUUCCUAUGUCGAAAACAAGAGUUUAUGAACCCCAAGUAUGAUCCGGAAAUAGACGACGCCGUUCGUGGUAAGGAAAGAAUGAUCUUUCCUCGAAAAGGUGAAGCAAGGUGGUGGGCUGAGUGUUUUGGUCGUACUGAUGAGGAGAUGAACGUCUUUGGUCCCCAGGCACCCCCCAGCCUAACGCCGCAAACGAGCAAUGCAAGUCACGACAGAAGUGGCACUAGCACACCAAUUAUCCAUGAACCUAUUGUCACUGGUACUGAGACCGCGGAAUCUGUGACGGGUGCUGGCGCGGCGGUCCAUCCUCCACGUACAAAUGCCGUAGGUGACCGCUCUCCUAGGACUUCUAGCACACCUAAACCGCUUGAUGCUGCCGCUGCACUCGGACAGGACCUGAGACAAGGGGUAAUAGCGAGCUUUGAGAGGCUGGGCAUCACUGGAAAUUCAAACCCCAGUAAGGGAACAAGUCCACCCGAAGAAAGAUCGAGCGAAGAGCUUGCAAAAGAAGCAGUCAAGCCAAGUUCAAAGUUGAGCGUAGACCAGGAAGCAGUAGAGAAGGCGGAAGAAGUUGCAAAAGAGUCUGACGUUGGACUUUCUGGACAACCCACAGAGGAGAAUACAAAGAAUGAUGUAGGAGAAACUGCCGAGAAACCUGCAGAACAAAAGCCGGCUGAAGAUCCAAGUCUUGGUCUAGGUCUUGGAGUCAACAUUAUCGAAAAGCAAGCCGAGAAUAGGAGUCGGAGCCGCAAGCCAAGUCACAAUCCAGAGGCUAAGGAGGUUGAGAUUGAGAUGCAAUGA